AUGUCAGCCUUCUUCCACGCUCAACCACCACCAUCCCCGACAACAGCACGCAUUGCCAUUAUCGGUACCGGCAGCGUUGGAUCUGCCAUAGCGUACGCCCUCCUCCAUGGGUCUCAAUAUUCUGACCUCCUCCUUGUUGAUGCGAACCCCGACAAGCUCGACGCACAGGUGCGUGAUCUCUCGGACGCAGCAUGCGCAGAAGGAAGUAGCACCCGGGUGAGACGCGCCACGUUACGAGAUGCUGCGGGCUGCGAUGUCAUCGUCAUUGCCGCUGGUGUGAAGCGGCGGAGAGCCGAAACAAGAGUCCAACAACUCGAGUGCACGACCGCCAUCCUCCGCCACAUCAUCGACGGGAUGAAACCGUUUCUUCUCCCCUCGACCAUCCUUUUGGUCGUGUCAAAUCCCGUGGAUGUACUCACCACGCUGGCGUACAGGCUGACGGACCUGUCAAGCUCGCAAGUCCUAGGUCUGGGGACGUAUCUCGACACAGUCAGGUUGCGGAGAAUCAUAGGCGAAGAGCUAAAGAUUUCACCCGAAUCCAUCCACGCCGACAUCCUAGGCACAAACGACGACAGCCUGCAAGCCGAAUCCCCCGCCUGGUCCACGGCCGUCAUUACCGGCCUUCCCGUCAGGGAGUCCUCUGUGGUUCUCCCCGACUUCAGCGCCACCGCCGAGACCGAGCUGGCGGCCCGAUCCCGGGAGGAAGGCCACCUGAUCGCCAAUGUCAAAGGCGCGCCAACAUUCAGCAUCGCGUCGUCGGUCGCGCGCAUCAUCUCCGCCGUCUUAUAUGACAACAAGGCGCAGGUCCCGCUGUUUGGACGCAUGCCGGACCACGCGACCGCCCUGCCGCCGGGACCCAUGCCUAUCAGCCAUUUCCAGGAGAAGCUAGGCUGUUGCAUCAGUCUGCCGGCGCUCUUGGGCCGUGAGGGCGUGGUACGGACGGUGCAAGUGAAGUUGGAGGAGCGGGAGGAGAAGAAACUGGCCAGGGCGGGAGUGAAGGUAAGAGAGACGGUGGAGAGAUUGUUGGGAGACGGCACUAUAGGUGGUAAGGAGGAGGAGGAGGAAUGA